GCCAACACCAACUAUUUUAUAUACUAUUUUACAACUACUUAUAAUAUAUACCAAGACUACCUCCGGCCUCGACUCUUUAUAAGUCCAACAUAAACAAUUGAUAAAAAUUAUUUUUCGUGCUUUGAAUACAUACAUUUUCUUCGACUGGAACUUUCAAAUUACAAACUUGAGCAAAUUGGCGAGAGCCGAAGUUGAGAUUUUUAUAGUAUUAUACAAGUAGUACUUACCUGUUAAUAAUAUACCUAUAUGAAUAAUACACCUGAAGCUUCGACGAGAAUAUCUUUUUAUUAAGCAUCGUUGCAUAAACGACCUGAACACAGGACAAAGAAACAUGUCGACUAGGAUGGUAGCGAGAGGAGGAAAAGCAAGAUUCCUACUUUUCUUGAGUUUACUUCUCUUAUUGAUUUCUUUCUUGUACAUUAUCCACGAAACAAAAAUAGAGUUGCAUGAUGUACGUGAAUCGGCAACAUCUUGCAAUCAGCAAUUGGAGUCUCUUUCUUCUCAGCUGGAAGUUAUUGUUAAACACAAGUUAGAGUUGGAAAAAUCACUGGAAAAUGAGAAAAAUGAACAUAUGAAAGUAAAGGAUGAACUUAAUUUGGCCAUUCAAGAAGAAAAACAGUUACGUGAUAAACAAAAUGUCGAUUCCAUGAAUCGUUAUAAUGAAAUUGAACGAAAUCAUAUAGUUUUACAGGAAGAAGAAAAGCAAUUAAGAGAUGAAAUGGAAAAAUUACAAUUAAAUUUAUCUGACGAGAUGGAUAAAAACAAAAAACUUGAAGCUGAAUUGGAGGCUACAAAGAGUGAAAUAAAAAAACUUAAAAAUGAAAAAUUACAAUUAGAAAAUAAAAAAUCAAACUUACCAAAAGAUGAAAAUACAAACCAUAAGAAACCCAGUGAAUCUUCAUCUGUGAAAAAUAGUUUGGGGUCGAAUGAUAGUAGUAUGAAUCCCUCUAAAUUAAAUUCUAGUUCAGUGACUCCAGCCAUUAACCCGCAAGCAAUUGAUGGAGCUACUGCAAAGAGUAGUACACCAAUGACUGGUUCAAAAUUGGCGCCCACUAAUGAAUCGAUAAUACCUAACAAUGAAGUUAGUCCAAUCAACCAGCCCAGUAUGGAAAACAGUUCUGCCAAGGAGCAACGUAGUGCGUUAGCAUUAAACAACGAAACAAGUCCAUCACAAGAACCUCAAGUUGACGUAAAUGAAUCCAUGAAAGGGAUGCCUGCACCACCUGAAGAAGACAAAUUGAAGAAAGAAAAUUUAAUUGAUGAUGUCGAUGAAAAAUCUAAUCAGAAGAAUGAAGGAUAUAAAAUGGAUUACGAGAGAGAGCAUUUUAAGGAAGAGGAUGAAGACGACGAAGAUAUGACAGAUUUUGAAGCAAGAGCUGAUGAUAAUCAAGCUCUACCGGACAGAACGUAAAUCAUAAUUAAUUGCAAAUAAAAUUGGAGCAAAUCAAAUAACUGGUUGUGUGCACAAAUGCCAUAAUUGUAAUAUUUUUAAGUUAAUAACCUAUAAUUAUUAUUAAAUCAUUUAAAAUUAAAGUAUUAUAGUUUAAGUACUUAAAUUGUGUUUGUAUAAUAAUGAUUAAAAUGUUCAUGGCCGUUCUCACCAGUUAAGCUUAAAAAUGUUGUAAAGUUUACCAAUACUAAAAAAAAUUAUUAGGCUAAAUUUUACUUGUUAAUCCUAACUAGUGAGAACGGCCUUAGUGAUGUAUUAUUUAUCUAUUUAAAAAAAAAUGAUGUAUUAUUUUGUGUUUGAUUUAUAGUAAUCUCAAUUUUUGUAAUAUUAUUUGUACGCUAGCUGUUUAUAAACAGUUUAAACCAAAAUUAUUAUAUUGACAAAGUAAUGAAAAUAGAAGAAUAUAUAAUAUUGUAUUAUAUGUUUAA